AUGGGAUUUAACAAGCAUUUUCUGGGCUUAUGCAUCUUAGCAGUAAUCUUUGGAUCUCAUGUAUCUGAAGCUAGAAAAAAAGGUCACCAUAACCACCAUGGCCAACCCCAAGAAGACCAUGCUAAUCAAGACCUCAGUGAUGAACAAAACAGAGAUCUGGAGGUACCACAAAACAAAGUUCAACCGGAGGUACCACAAAUUAAAGUUCAACCACAAGUACAACAAAACAAAGUUCCACCGGAGGUACCACAAAUCAAAGUUCAACCACAGCUACAACAAAACAAAGUUCCACCGGAGGUACCACAAAUCAAAGUUCAACCACAGGUACCACAAAACAAAGUUGAACCGGAGGUACCACAAAACAAUGUUCAACCACAGGCACCAACUUCUCUCAACCAACUGAACCAAGGCUUCCUUGAUGAACACAACAAAGCUCGAGCCGAGGUCGGUGUUGCUCCGCUCAAAUGGAACGAAACAUUAGCGGCCUACGCACAAGACUAUGCUAAUAAGAAAUCUAAGACCUGCGAAAUGGUGCAUUCUGGUGGACCUUAUGGCGAGUGCAUUGCUGAAAAUUUUCCUGACAUGACGGGUGAGGAAGCUACAAAGCUUUGGAUGACUGAGAAGCCUGACUAUGACUAUGCAACUAAUACAUGCCACACGGAUUCGUGUCUGCAUUAUACUCAGAUUGUUUGGAAAACAACUACUGAUCUUGGUUGUGCUAAGGCCCAUUGUAAAAAUGGGUGGGUGUUUGUGAUUUGUAACUAUUAUCCUAUCGGCAACUAUCCAGGAGUAAGACCUUAUUAGAAUAUAAAGUAUUAUUAU